CAAGCAGCUUUCGGUCUGCCACUUAUCGAUAAACACACACAGCUGCUUGGCUCUUAUUAUUUCAAUUUUAAUUCAAUUUUGUUGAAGUUUGCUUGCUGUGCAAACCCAAAGCUCCCAAAAAUGGAGGAGGAAUCGUGGCAGGCAAAUGUGGAUAAGCUAAGUGCGCGGGGAGACCGCAUGGAGACACUGACGACCUUAUACACGCAUAUCAACAAACAAUCGAGUAUGUCGCGCGGUGCAAUUGAAUCGCUGCUGCGCUCGCCGGCACUCUACGAAUGCGCCGCCGUCGGGGAUGCAGCGAAGGAGCCGAUGGUGAAUAUAUCCAUCGAUUUGAUACGCACUUGCCUCGAGCAACUGCAGCUGGAUACAAGUGAUGCUCAGCUGCCGAAUCUGUUGAGUCAAGCACUGCAGCACUCCAAUCCCGCACUGCGCGCCCUCGUCCUCAGCCUUCUGCUGAAGGCGCUGAGCCGGCAGACGAGCGGUGCUAAUGUCCUCACACUGCCCAAUAACGGGUUGAUCCUCCAUGUGCUAGACGAACUGCUGCAACCGGAGUCGCAGUGUAGCACGACUGCCAUACAAAUUCUGGAAAUUAUGUUGGGCCAGUGGCCUGCGGAUUUGUCCGUGCAUUUAAAACUGAUGAAGAUGUGUACAGAGAACGAGGUCAUACGCUGUCGCGCCUACGAGUUGGGCGUGGUGCUAGCCAAGCGCAACUCGGCCGCCUUGGACAAUGUUGAGUUCAUACUGAAUGCGGCGCUGAGUGAGCUGGACAACGACGAUGUCCUGCUGCAGGCGAGCGUCAUGGAGAUCCUAGUGCCACUUGCCGAGCAAAAUCACUGUCUCAACUAUAUGGAGCGAAUGCGCAUCUUCGAUAUCAUCAGCAGUCGCGUGGAGCGCAUCGACGAGAAUCCAAUGGACACGCUGCUCAUACCAAGCAUUAUGAAAUUCUUUAGCAAAGUUGCCGCAGUGCAGCCGCAGAAGAUCAUCACCGGCUAUCCGCGUAUGGUGGCCUCCCUCUUCGAUCUGAUACUAUCCGAAGAUGUGGAUUGCCUUCCCACCGCCAUGGACGCGCUGGCCAAUCUGGCCAGCAGUGUGCAUGGAAAGACGCUGCUACAGCUCCAUCACAUGCCAACUAUGAAGAAAAUUAUGUCAAAAUAUUCUGACUUCAUUAAGAACCUAUCGGCGGCCUUAAAGAUUCGACUGCUUAACUCCCUGGAUGUGAUAUAUGCCCAGGAGUCGCCAGCCAGCGCUGAGAUCAGCUCCAUUUUGAAAAUGUGGUACGAGAGCUUCGCUGGUGGCCAGCAAGUAGAAAAUAUUAUGGAGAUGCUAAAAACACCCUUCCCGGAUCUACAACUAGCCGCUUUGAGUCUACUUAAAACGCUGUGCGGAUACGUGUGGGGCAUUCAGGCUGUGCAGCACACCGCUGGUGCCAUUGAGUUUCUGCUUUCCCGACACGCUGAUCUGCACAAGGAUGUGAAGUAUCUGAAGUGGGAGAUUAUGCAGCAGCUGUCCGUAAGCAGCGAAUUCACUGCCGUUGAAACUGUUCGUUUUACCACCUAUGUCAAUGAGGGACCCUAUCAUGUCCAGAGUAAGGUCAACAUUGCCACCGAGCCGCAGUAGAUUUACAUUUGGCCUGGCCAUAGGGAAUACAUAACUGAAAACACUCACAUAACAGAUCUUUGGAAUAUGUAAUAACUUUUGUAUUUGGAGUCAUCGAUUGCGAUUAUGCUGCAAGCCAAAUACAAACUGUAAUUAACCCAUAUCAAUUCUUGAUUCAUUUCAUUUAAAUUUUAAGAUUCGCAUUUGGAUAUCUUUCUAUCGACCGCUCAAUGAACACUUAACACACUUAAAACAUUGCAAGUGAAACAUAUCUGUAGCCACCACUACAAUACUUAAUUCACAUCAAUUUCGUGCUGCGAUUUUUUCAAUUGUGGCUUUUCUGGGUAAUAGAACUUAUCAUUUUGCUGGCACACCAAAAAUCGACAAACAAUGAAUUGAUAUACAUUUUUGACUUAACGUUUCAACACAAGUCAAUUUUUUUUUUCGAAACAAAAUAACAGAAAUUGUAAAAUGUAAUUGCAGUUGUAAACUGCGUGAAAAACUCCAAAUACAUGUAUAUUUAACAUA